CCGACUCCAUCAGGGACAUGAGCCAAACAAACCGACUCUUCACCGGUCAAAGGAAUUGGCCAGACCGAGAUCAAGUGCAGGCGCGAGACACGAGCGCUCCCAGCACGGCGCUAAGAAGUGAAGAAAGUCAUCUUUCUUUUGAGCAGAACUCGCCGGAAACCGAGCGAAAGGAAAAAUCCAACAAUACAGACUCGAGCUCUUUUGAAGCUGUGAACGUUAACCUACAGUUCUGUGCAAUUAAAAAACACUGUCGACAAACGGCCGCUGAGCCCCAGGAGCUGCAGGUCAGCGUGGAGGACUGCCCCGCUAUUUCCUCCUGCGCCACAAUCUCCGACACGGCCAGGGAGUUGUGCAAAGCUGUGUCCGUGUCUCUUGGCCUCACCAACGAGUCCAGUGACGCGGGAAGCGACAUGGACACGACCUUUCUUCCGUGCGCUGCCGGAGAAAUCAUCUGCCGAGAGGAUGUGUUCAGUGCAGGAGCCGUGGCUCUCAGCUGCUCCGGUGGUCAGGGCGCUGCAGCGGGCUACAAGUGUUCGAACUUCGAGGCACAGCAGCAGAGGUCCGCCGAGCAUCUGGAUAACUUCAGAAGUUCAGCGGCUGCAGCGCAACAUUUCAGGAAGACUCGGACAAGUGCGGAGCAGCAGAACUUUACGGCGUGCUGCGAAAGUGCCGCUGAGAUUACUGAUGACAUAAUUUCAGUCCGUGCUGCCCACUGCCCUUAUGACCCGAUUAUACGUGACUGCCUGCCGCCCAUUCCUCUGCCACCACCUCCACGCACGGCCCACACGACCGCAGAGACGCAGAGACGCAGAAGAAUUGAGGACGGGGACGAAGAGGGAAAACAAGUCGCCUUUUUCCUGUCCGACCAUUUCAAUGUACAGGUCAAAUGCGAGGACGGUUCCCACCCGUGGACCCGCAGUGACUACACAUUCAAUGACAAGCACAACACACAGUUUUGGGGGUCCAGGCAGUGCGUGGGUGCUCACGGCACCCGAACCAACUCCACGUUCACAUACAGUCCAUAUGAACGCAAUGACGUGCCCUCCCGGCACUGGUACCCGAGAUCCAACCAUCCCAACAACACGGGCUUCGUGAAGACUGAAGUGGGCGAGUGGCUGGAUGUCAACGACACGAGGUUCGAAACAGGCAGAGAACACAUGUUCCCUAUGGAGUUCUUCUUUCCGCCGCAGAGGACGUGUCUAAUCUGUUCAGACGAAGCAUCUGGCUGCCAUUACGGUGCACUCACCUGUGGCAGCUGCAAGGUUUUCUUUAAAAGAGCUGCAGAAGGCAAACAGAAAUACUUGUGUGCAAGCAAAAAUGACUGUACAAUUGACAAGCUGAGGAGAAAGAACUGCCCGUCAUGUCGGCUGAAGAAGUGUUUUGAAGCUGGAAUGACCCUCGGAGCACGUAAACUCAAGAAGAUUGGUCAGCAGAAAAGCCCCGAGGAGCAUUCUCCAGUGCAGGAAUCUACAGAGUUAGUUAACAAAUUUUCACCUACAGCGAGCCUGACCUUUAACACCCAGCUGGUCUUUCUCAACAUCCUGGAGUCCAUUGAGCCUGAGGUGGUAAAUGCAGGAUACGAUCAUGGGCAACCGGAUUCUGCUGCCACGCUGCUCUCCAGCCUCAACGAGCUGGGAGAGAGACAGCUUGUCAAAGUGGUCAAGUGGGCGAAAGGAUUGCCAGGAUUUCGAAAUCUCCACGUGGACGACCAAAUGACAGUAAUUCAGUAUUCAUGGAUGGGAGUCAUGGUUUCUGCCCUGGUCUGGAGGUCGUAACAUCGGAUGCACAUCUCCACCAUGUACGAGCACUGUAUACGGAUGCAACAUUUGUCACAGGAGUUUUUGAUGCUGCAGCUCACCGAGGAAGAGUUUCUCUGCAUGAAGGCCUUGCUUCUCUUCGGCGUUAUUCCUGUUGAGGGUUUGAAAAACCAAAAGUUCUUCGAUGAACUCCGUUCUACCUACAUAAAGGAGCUCAGCCAACUUAUUAACUGUCGACUCACAACCAAUUGUUCUCUGAGGUUCUACCAAUUGACCCGGGUCCUGGACUCAAUCCAACUGACGGUAAAGCAGCUCCAUCAGUUUGCUUUUGACCUUUUCGUCCAGGCUCAGUCACACCAAAGCAGGGUCAACUUCCCAGAGAUGCUUGGAGAAAUCAUUUCUGUGCAUGUACCGAAGAUGCUGACUGGUUUGGCCAAACCUCUCAUGUUUCAUGAGCAGCAGGAAGGUGGCUUUAACAUGCGUACGUAAUGUCAUUUCUCCUCAAAGAGCUAUUCACUGUGUCUUCUUGUGUAAUUUUAUUGCUUAAGUUUUCGCUCUUCUUAGUUGUAAUUGGCAGACAAAACUGACUGAACUGUUAUUACAAAUAUGAACCCAACUUACAGGUCAGGAGUGAGUACGCUGGGCCAAAAGUCACAGGAAAAAAUGGUUUAAGUGAAGGCUAGAGGUUGGAGCAAAAUUUAGACUGUUAGCUAUUUAUUUAUAUAUUCUACUUGGGCAGAUAGAGGAGUUCAACAAACUCAACUUUCACAGAAAAAAAAAUCAAAGGACACGUAGAGUCCAUUCUACAAUUUAAAAUGUAACAAAUGUUCAACGGCACCAAGCACACUUAGGUUUUUUUAACUUUGACUAUUAACCCAUGUUAUGUAGUGGUACAUUCAAUACUUUUAAUGUUAACUUGUGUAAAAUACAAUUUUAAACUUGUUUAUGUUUAUAUUGGGGUUUUCCUUGGAGAUAACAUGGCAGCCCUGUAAACAGUGCUGUACUUAGGAUUUAAAAAAAUACUUUUUAGGAGUACUCGUGGUCAAAAAAUGACAAAAUCUGCACAAUGUGAAGAAUAUGCCAUUCAAAAAGGCUCAGGGGAGCUGGGCAAUCACAGGAGCGUUCAUUUUAGCAGCGCAGAAAAGAGCAACCAGUUUAAACAUGUUUUUGUGGUCAAAGGUUCACAGGCCUUCUCUGCCUGUUCCAAAUAAUGUGAGAGGAGCAGAACAGUAGGAGUUAAAGAGAACAAACAUAUAUAUAAUAAACGUAUUAACAAUCAUGAUUAUUAGUGAAUAACCCACAGCUACACUGAAGUAAUUGAUUUAAAAAAUGUAAUUGCUCGACAGCCCUGGAAAAAAACCUAUCUCUUUUGAACACAUACUUUGUUGUUGUUGACAGUGAAGUCAUCACUGGACCUGAUUAGAAUAGAAUAGUCUUUAUUGUCAUCAUGUCAGGUUAAAUUAGGUGAGAGGACAAGUUAAAACAACAUUUUGUGAGGGGUCCAAAGUACUAUUUGAAGUAGCCACAGAAUUAAUAUUUACUUUGUCUAAGUCAUUGCCUAGCAAAAUAUGCCUUUUAUGAAUAAUGUUUUUAUAUCCAUAUAUUUCAUUUUGAGGUGCUUCCAAGUUCACAUUUCCCCUGUUGGAUUGCACCUAAAUGAAAAUCAGAUAUUUCCCCCCUGUUAUGUUUAUAUUCCUAACUAUGUGCUACAAUCUUACAAUUAAAUGUGAAGUCAAUGGAAUAGACAGCCAAACUUGCACGUUGACUUGGGUGGCAAUUUCCUGCCGUGCUGUUGUUCCGUCAGAUUUGUACACCUGUUGUUCAAUACUUUUCUGAUGGGUGAAUUUUAUGUAUCGGAUUGUUAUACCUACAGUAUUACUGUUAAACACCUACCAUUUAGGAGGAAUAGAUUACUGCAGUAAUGUACCCAGACUACAAUACAUUAAUUUUAAGUCAUCUUUAAUUUUGUAGGCCAUCAGAUAAAGACAGGCAACCAACUACUCCAAUCUGGACUGGAAUACAAUUCUCUAGCUACUUCAUAUUUCCACGUCUACAUUCCAAAAUCAUGCAGAUUGAUUGGAUGUUCAAAGUCGAUCAUUGGUGUGAAUGCAAGUGUGAAUAGUUGUUUGUCUCCAUAUAUGGUCCUGUGUUUGACUGGUUAACUGGUUGCCCGCUUUUGCCUGAUGGCUGCUGGGAUUGACCCCAGUUUGCCCAGAGACCCUGGAAAGUAGGGAUGGCUUCAGACAGAUACUGGUUACAUUUGAAUGAAAAUCAGAAAAGCCCAAAUGCAGAACUGAUCUUUGUGCAUCAUGACAUACACAGGCACACUGCCCUCCGCAUACUGGAGGACAAAUAUUAAAUAUAAUUAUUAUUAAUAAUUUGAACUAUUUUCAUCCCAUAUUUGGGAAAUUCUAGUGUUAGCAGCAGAUAUGCUGUUAACAGGCUGCCCCCAGCAGGUGCCAAGCAUGUGGUUCCCCUGGGAAUCCAACCCAGGACUCUCUUCUCUCUGCUUCCAAGUCAAAUAAGGGUAUUGAUAUCGGUAUCAGCAAAUACUCAAAGUUUCAGUAUCGGACCUGAGAAGGUUGUUUCGAGCCAUCCCUGCUGAAAAUGAUUGUGAAAGAUAAGACGUAUUUACAAUUCAACGUUUUAUAUCUCCAAGUCCAUCACCUUUGUAAAAACAGUACAUAAAUUAACGCUCAAGUAAAUGUAAUAAAAUAAGUUGCAUGCACAUGUGUAGCAUUUAGCUCUUUGGAAAAGAAAGCUAUUUCGCUGUUUGAAAUAACCCUACUGUGGAGUCACUGGGUCCUAGAAAAUGCAUGACUGUGUUCUGUUCAGUUGAAUAUUUGACUGUUUUUGUGACUCUUCACUGCCGACCUCUGAUUCAUGGUUAAACUCUAGUGUAGCAUGUUAAGAACUCUUAAGGCAAAGUUCAGUUGUCAGUUGUUCAAUGACAUAUUAAUGUAAAUGGAUGGUGAACACAAACACUAACACUUUUAAACUAUCAUCGGGAUGAAAGUGGUACUGACUUUUGUCCUUGACAUUUUUACCAAAUUAUCACUGCUGUGGCGUAGUAGAUUAUACUACACUACAGUUAGAGGUGCUGUACGUCCCUAAUCAUUCCUAAUUCAUACAUGAUGUCAUUGAUGUCUGAUGUCAAUUUAUAAAGAAAUAAGUAGAAAAUAAUCGUUGCCGAAUUUCACAACUUGAAUAGCUUUGGUUAACGUGGAAGUACAUUUUUCAAUCAAAUUAGAAAAACAACAGUAUCAGGAGUACAAACACUAGUUUGGGUUAUUGUUUUAUUUAUUAAUUUUUUUACACAUUUUGAAAAAUUUGCAAAUGACAUUACCACUCGUGAGAAAAGUUGAGUUCAUACACAUUCACUCCCAGGUAAACACAAAAAAGGUGAUUUGUAAUGAUUUGUCAGGAGUGGCUCUGUCACUGCUGGUCUGACAGUUAUGUUUAGGUAAAUGCUGGUUCUUUUUAAUCAGUGCAUGUCUACUGGUCCUGUGCCUUUAGAGCCCACACUACUGUAGAUAGACCUGUGCAUUUCUUAUACUAAGCUUUCAUCACUGAGCGCUUUUGGGUUUUAUGAUAAUGUUACUGCAGUUUGUCUGUUCUCUGUUUUAGUGUCGAGACAUUUCUCUAUACUUGUGUAAUUUCUACCUUUUGUGUAUGAAGCUAGAACAGUCUCAAAAAGAAUAAAAACACAAACAAGGAUUCACACUUUAGAAAUUUACAAAUGCAUUUGGAAUAUUUACAACUGUAUUUUGAAAAAUUACAAAUGUAUGCAUCUGAAGAUAUUUGUUAGGUUCAUAAAAUACAUUUGUGAAUUGUCUAACGCAUUUAUAACGUGCUUUUAAUUUGUAAAUCUCCCUGCAGUUUUUCUGUGGAUUUUUGAGACUCGUCUAGCGCAUAAGCAGCCAAUCAGAUAUCUCGUUCGUUUGCAGCCAAUCACACGGCUGUAUUCCCAUGAGGGCCCUUGAUCUACUGGUAGAUACCAAUGUACUUAUUGGGCACCUGUGCCUUGACACAAUUUCAGCAUGACAACACACUCCACACUAUUCACACCUAAAACAAAAAAUGAAUCUUAAAGAAGAAUAAACAAAGUCAUUUCCAUAUUCCUUUUGUUCAGUUAAUUGUAAAAAUGGCAAACACUUAAUAAACAGCAGACGUUGGCUGAUCAAACCAUCA